UGAAAAGAUGGUGCUUUUAGGGGGUGUAACUGGCUGGGGCAUGUUUGUUUGGCCGCCACAAGCGGGCUAAAUUAGCUAGAUGAGCGGGGCGGACUUAUCUUCCGCAAAAACGAACGACAGAAAUGCAGACUUGUACGCGGCAACUGUCCUGUUCAUUUCAAUCAGUUCACCAGGACAAAACAUUUGGCUAAAGGAAAUGUGAAGAAGGUUUAAAGUAUGGCAUGCAAAGAUGGUCUCUGUAAAAACGGAGAUGGUCAUUGCGAUACCCCUCAGUUGUAUUUACACACUCUUUUACUUGAUCUGCAUGACUGUCUGCAACAAGCGGUGGUUAGUCUUUUAUAAGACACUGUGCUUUAUCCCGCACCUUCUUUGGAUCGUAAGCGGAGCCUCUGCACAGACAAUAAACGAAGAGAAAUUGUAUCCUGAAAAAUUCACACGUAUUUUAGACCGACUUUUGGAUGGCUAUGACAACAGGCUGCGACCCGGAUUUGGAGGUCCAGUGACAGAAGUUAAAACAGAUAUAUAUGUAACCAGCUUUGGUCCUGUUUCAGAUGUUGAAAUGGAAUACACUAUGGAUGUGUUUUUCCGCCAGACGUGGGUGGAUCGCAGGCUAAGCUUUGAGGGUCCCAUGGAGAUCCUCCGGCUUAACAACCUCAUGGUCACCAAGGUGUGGACCCCAGACACCUUCUUCCGCAAUGGCAAGAGAUCUGUCGCCCACAACAUGACCGCCCCCAACAAGCUUUUCCGCAUCAUGAAAAAUGGCACAAUCUUGUACACCAUGAGACUAACGAUCAGAGCAGAGUGUCCAAUGAGGCUGGUGGAUUUCCCAAUGGAUGGACAUGCCUGCCCUCUAAAGUUUGGAAGUUAUGCAUAUCCCAGAACAGAGGUGAUCUACACCUGGACUAAAGGACCAAGACAUUCAGUUGAAGUACCGUCUGAGUCCUCCAGCCUGCUUCAGUAUGAUCUCGUUGGACAGACGGUCUCCAGUGAGACUGUAAAAUCGAUUACAGGGGAAUAUGUUGUCAUGUCAGUGUAUUUUCACCUCAAGAGGAAAGUGGGAUACUUCAUGAUUCAGACAUACAUCCCAUGCAUCAUGACAGUGAUCCUCUCCCAAGUGUCCUUCUGGAUAAACAAGGAAUCGGUUCCUGCAAGGACUAUUUUCGGGAUCACCACGGUGCUGACCAUGACCACGCUAAGCAUCAGUGCCCGUCACUCGCUGCCCAAGGUCUCCUACGCCACGGCCAUGGACUGGUUCAUUGCCGUCUGUUUCGCCUUUGUCUUCUCCGCCCUUAUUGAAUUCGCUGCCGUCAACUAUUUCACCAACGUACGGACAGAGGCUGCCCGGAUGAGGUCGGCCAGGAUCCCCUGCCCGGGCGAUGCCAGAGAUGCUGAAGAGGUGUUACAUGAGAACGAUGUACACAGCAGCCUGAGAAAGAGGGUGAAUUAUAUGAGCCAGGCGGCUUCAGGAAGCUUCCGAAGAUCUGAUUCAGGCAGCAGUCUCAAGGUUAUGGGAGGCGGAGCCUCUGCAGCGGCCCGGGCUCCAUCACCACCCACUGCACUGUACCCUUCCAGCCUAUCAGAAUCCAGUCCCAACCCAUUCAGCCAAUUAAAUGCAUCACAGAUGCUGGCCCCCUGGAGCGCACCUGUAGCCCUAACUUCAAACGUAUGUACGGGCUCCCCUCCCCUCCAGAAAGUCAAGUCAGAGCCUGUGCAGGUGAUAGGGGUCAAGACAGACUCCAAACGGACUACACAUAUGUCCCUGCUGUCGGCAACCUCCUCAUCUUCACCCAGUUCAGACGCAACCAGCAAAAUCGACAAAUAUGCGCGCAUCCUAUUCCCGGUCUCAUUCGGAGCAUUUAACAUGGUUUACUGGGUGGUUUACUUGUCUAAGGACACAAUGGAAACUAGAGAUGGGUAGCCGGAUAGUAUCUUUGCUUUUACACCACUGGCAAAACAAAAUAGAACAAAUAAUAGUGCGAUUAUCAGACAUUCGCUAACUACAGUUACAAAUCAAUUACCUCAGCUAUCGCCCACGUUGUUUGUGGUCUCCUUUAGCAUAAGUGUAUCUGAUAUGUAUUGCCUUGUAUUAAUUGACGCAAGUUUUCUAUUUUCACCACCUUAGCUGGGUAACUGUGGUAAGUAGCUACAUGUGCUUCAGCAGUAAGAAGUAGCUUUAUAUGGAAAUUGUCACCCGGUUGUUCGUAAUCAGUGCAUUUGUAAUCCGUUAUUAUUGUUACCUCGAUUUUUUAGGAUAUACAAUAGCUGGUCAUUUAAUCAAUGACUUUUGGAGGAUAAUAUAUAAUAAAUUUUAUGUAUUUUU